GGCUGCGCAUGCGCAGAUCACAGCAGCCCAUCAGCUGACCGUGAGAGAAGCCUUUGGAAACACUGGAGUGUCAUUAUGAUGAAUAUCAAAUCCUAAGACGGAUCCUUUGACAAUUAUUUAGUUAAAACUACCAAGUAAUCGUCGCGUCGUCUCGUUCACGUUGAGAUCAGACUCUCCAUUUGUCGCUCCUCAGCAGCCAUGACCGAGUUCUGGUUGAUUUCUGCUCCUGGAGAGAAGACCUGCCAGCAGACAUGGGACAAAAUAAUGACCGCCACAACUCGCACCAACAACCUCUCCACCAACAACAAGUUCAACAUUCCCGAUCUCAAGGUCGGGACAUUAGAUGUCCUAGUGGGGCUGUCUGAUGAGCUGGCCAAGCUGGACGCUUUUGUCGAGAGUGUGGUGAAGAAGGUGGCUCAGUACAUGGCAGACGUGUUGGAGGACAGUCGAGAUAAAGUCCAGGAGAACCUGCUGGCUAAUGGAGUCGAUCUGGUCACCUACGUCACAAGAUUCCAGUGGGACAUGGCCAAGUACCCUAUCAAACAAUCCUUGAAGAACAUUUCUGAGAUUGUAUCCAAGCAAGUCUCACAGAUCGACAACGACCUGAAGGCUCGAGCGUCAGCCUACAACAACCUGAAGGGAAACUUACAGAAUCUAGAGAGGAAGAAUGCAGGGAGCCUGCUGACCAGGAGUUUGGCAGAUAUUGUCAAGAAAGAAAACUUUGUGCUUGAUUCCGAGUACCUCAUUACUAUGCUGGUGGUGGUACCAAAAACAAAUUAUGCUGACUGGCAGCACACUUACGAGACUCUUUCAGAAAUGGUGGUGCCACGCUCUACAAAUUUGCUUUUUGAGGACCAAGACAGCGGCCUGUUUACCGUCACGCUCUUCAGAAAGGCCAUCGAUGACUUCAGACUCAAGGCCAGAGAAAACAAGUUCACGGUCCGGGACUUCCAGUACAACGAGGAGGAAAUGAAAGCAGACAAGGAGGAGAUGACCAGACUCUCAACUGACAAGAAGAAGCAGUUUGGUCCACUUGUUCGAUGGCUGAAGGUGAACUUCAGUGAGGCUUUUAUUGCUUGGAUCCAUAUUAAGGCUCUGAGGGUCUUUGUGGAAUCGGUGUUGAGAUAUGGGUUGCCUGUGAACUUCCAAGCAAUGCUGCUACAGCCCAACAAGAAGAACAUGAAGAAGCUGAGGGAGGUUUUGAACGAUCUUUACAAGCACUUGGACAGCAGUGCAGCUGCCAUUAUCGACCAAUCUGCCAUGGAUAUUCCUGGCUUGAACCUCAGCCAGCAAGAAUACUAUCCCUACGUGUACUACAAAAUCGACUGCAACCUGCUGGACUUCAAAUAGAAGAACUGCUUUUAACCACGUGCCCCUCCUUUUGUUUUGUCUCUGUGAAUAAAUCGAAGUUAAAUUAAACUGUAUAUUGCUGAACUCUUGUUCUAGUCACCCCGCCAUGCAUGCUCAUUCAUAUUCAGAGAUACUUCUCCGUUGUCGUUCAUUCAACGACGGCAGGAGAGUAUCUAUAUCUGCCGCCCCUAGUACUUUGUUUACAUUUUUUAAAGAAGGUUAUUGUGUUAUCAUAUGUGCAGGUGAAUGAAAUUAUGCGUUUUAAGUCAUUCCACUCAUGUUUUGUGACGUGUAGUAGUUACAUCUGCUGUUGGUGAUAGAUAUUAUUGUGUGGACAACUGUGUUUUUAACCUUUAUUCUUAAAAUGAAUCAGUGGUCCAUUUAAACAAACAAAGUGAUAGAAAAAACGUGUUACAAAGAUGCAAUAUAAAUGUGAUGUUAUGUACAUUUGGUGUUUAAAGAGUUAUAUGUGCAAAAUUAUUGUCAUCAUGGAACCAAAAUAUUAAAUUAUUAAAAGUACA